UUCCUCCAGGCGACGCAUGCGCAGAGGAAAAAGAGCGAGGGAACUUUGGUUCAAACUAGGGGGGAAAUUGCUUCUAAACGGACGGAUCAGGGGGCGCCUCGCAGUGUAUUAUGGCUGUCGGCACGGGAACGUCUUUGGUCCUCUCAUCGCUGCUCUGUCUCCUGCUGUUCACGGGGAUGCAGAUGUACAGCCGCCAACUCGCCUCCAGCGAAUGGUUGACCAUCCAAGGGGGGCUGCUGGGCUCCACCCUCUUCAUCUUCUCCCUUACAGCCUUCAACAACCUCGAAAGCUUAAUCUUUGGCAAAGGAUUCCAAGCUAAGAUCUUCCCUGAAAUUAUCAGCUGCCUUUUGCUGGCGUUGUUUGCGUCGGGAUUGAUUCACCGCGUCUGUGUCACCACCUGUUUCAUCUUCUCCAUGGUGGCCCUGUAUUACAUCAACAAGAUCUCCUCCACGCUUUACCAGUCGGCGACUCCCAUGCCUGUGCCUGCCAAGACCGUCAGCAAAAGCAGGAAGAGAAAUUGAUGCUCAUGAACCUCCCUUGUCCAGCUGGGGGGUCAGGGAGUGGUGGGGAAGGGAAAAGGUGGGUUCCAGCUCAGCAAAAUCCAGAUACCCAAUGAAACAUUUUUUUACUGUUUAAAAAACAAUAAUAAAAAAUACAAAAACCA